AUGGGUGAGGAUCAGCAAGAAGUCGGAGACGUCAGGCGGAAGAGAGCCAGGCUCUCAAGCUUUAAAAGGUAUUUGUUGUCAUCUGAGCAUGCUCCCGUGUGGGCAGGCGGGGGCUAUAUAAACGAGGGAAGCCGGCGACCUCGAGGCAGACGCAGCGGCAGCGGCAGAGACCAGGUAGGGCUGAGGGCAGCAGCGCGGGAGCCGGAGCCCACUGGCCACGGAGCGGUAGCGGUACAGCGGCAGCAGCCUCCGCAUCCCGGUGCCAGCCCCAGCCCCAACAGCAGCAGCAGCAGUGAGAAGGUGCCCCGGCAGCCUCUGCAUUCCCUCCCGUUCCCGGCCCGAGCGAGGGCGCCCCACGCAGCCGGCGCAGCGGGCUCCUCGACGGGGAGGCCGUCGCCGCGGGCGCCGUUGGCCGCCGCUGACCCCCGCAGCCCCCCGCGGGCCGCCCCGUCCCGCUCGCCCGCCGCCCCCAGCGGCAGAUUGGAUCCCCCGGCCGGCGGACGUCGGGCCGCGCCCCGGGGGGAGCCGCCGGGUCCCAGCUCGCCCGGCCCGGGGGGCGUCCGCGCCUGCACGCCACCGCCCGCCCCCGGCGCGUCCCCGGAGCCCGGCCCCGGGCCGGCCGGCAGCCCGAUGGCAGCGGCGGCCGCGGCGGCCGCGGCGGCCAAGCCGCCCGAGCUGAUGGGCAUCUGCUCCAGUUACCAGGCGGUCAUGCCUCACUUCGUGUGCCUGGCCGACGAAUUCCCGCAGCCCGCGCGGCCCACCAAGCUGCCCCGGGGCAAGGGCAAGCUGCGGCGGCCCCGCCAGUCGCGCUUCAAGACCCAGCCCGUGACGUUCGACGAGAUCCAGGAGGUGGAGGAGGAGGGGGUGUCCCCCAUGGAGGAGGAGAAGGCCAAGAAGUCCUUCCUGCAGUCGCUCGAGUGCCUGCGUCGGAGCACCCAGAACCUCAGCCUGCCGCGGGAGCAGCUGGGCAGCUGCAAGAUGCGGAACAGCCUGGACUCCAGCGACUCGGACUCGGCGCUCUGAGGCCGCCCUCCCCCCACCCCGCCCCCCAGCGGCGGGCCGGCCGGCGGGCAGAGGACUUGGUUUGGCCCCGGCCCGGGGGGGCUGCCCGCCGAGCCCCCGGUCUCUGCGUCUACGCGGGCCAAGCUGCGAACUCGUUGCCCUCCUCCGGGAGCUUCUCCGGGGCCGGGACCUGGAGCGAGGCGUGGCAGCUGCCCCGGCUGGGGGGGGGGCGGGGAAGCAAGGGAAGGGCUCCCCCUCACCCCUUUUCUUCCUUUCUUUUACUCUGCCCAGUACAAACCCUGGUAUGAACGUGCCUGAUUCUGAGAGAGAGAGAGAGAGAGAGAGAGAGAGAGAGAGAGAGAGAGAGAGAGAGAGAGAGAGAGAGAGAGAGAGAGAUUGGGACGUUUUCUAGGAAAGCCGCUGUGUGCUUGUCUCUGAUUGUAGGGAGCUCCGGUUUCCAUUUAUUCCCCCUCCCUUCCCUGUCCCCCAAUACACUGCGCCCCAAUACUUUUCUACCUGCCCGCCGCGACAGAUGGGACUUGGGCUACCGCGAAGCUUCCGGAGUCUAUUUAUUUUUGCAUUUCAAUUGUAAACUGCAUUUAUUUAAUACUCUUUCUACCUGGAUGUGUCUGUGAGGUUUCCAGAACAGAGAAAUAAAACCAUAUAUUUGCACAGUG